AUGGACUCAACAGCUUCGAGUGGCGUUAACGAUAGCACCGAGGUCGAUUCACAGAAUGAAGCUUCGUUUAACAAAAAGCAUACAAAAGCUAAUGGUGACGAGAUACAAAGAAGUUCUUGUGACUGUACAAGGAGCCACAAAUGGGCUCAUACAUUUCAUCAUCCCAUGAGCAGCGAGAGUAAGCUGGCUUAUCUAUCUCAGACGCAAUCAAUGAAUGCAUUCUACAAAUUAAGUGGUUCCAAAUCCUCCGCGGAAGACUUUGCUGCGCACCAUGUGCACAUUUUAGACGACAAUCAAUUCAAUGAUUUGUGCCGCAAAGCUAAGGUCCAACCAACGGUGUUACUCAAUGACAAACGGCAAAAGAACGAAAUCCGUCAACAAAAGGUAAAGAUCCAGCAGCUUAAAGCCGAGGUAUUUCGUCUGCGCCAAAGUGAAGCCCAGCUGGAGCAGUACGAACAUCGUUCGGUGAAGACGCUGAAAAAAGAAUUAAGAAUGCGCCGAAAUGAGGUCGCUGACCUCUCAAUCAAGAUUCAAAAUGCUGCCAGAGAAGAAAAUGAAUGGGUACGUAGAUCAACUUCGUGUCUUGAAUCGUUCAAACCUUUUACAGGUAUUCCGUGGUAA